AUGCCAAGAAAGUACGUGAUUGACUUUCAAGUUGGGGAUGCUCUUGGGUUCAUCCCAGCUGUGGCGUACGCUCUAACGCAGGGGCAUGUACGGAUAUUCGUAUUGACAAUAGCCGUCGUCCGAGGAUGCGGCCACCCGAAAUUUCUGGCUGGGAAUCGGAACGAUACAUCGUAA